ACCCAAUCUCCUUUGUUCCAAUUCCUUGCAUGUUCUUCAUAUUCUUUACAUAAAUUUCUCAUCUUUCUUCAUCGAUUUUCUGUAUAUCGUUAAGUCUGAGUUCCAUAAUUUGUGUAUUGUGGUUUCUUCGUUGAAAUGGUUUCAGGAAUGGUUAAAUAUCAAAAAACUUUCGGAUUUAUUUUCAUCUCAAUGAAUUUCUAAUCUCUAGUUUGUGAAUUAUGUAAUGGAUACGAAUAAUCUACAUUCUGGGUUUAUCUCUUUCUUGCAUCUGGUAUUGAAAAACGAUAUGUUCUUUGGUCAUUCUGUGGUCGUGGUUUCCCCCAAAAAAAAAGAUGUUUUUUGUUUUGAUAUUUGCAAAGCAGAGUUUGAUAAUGUAACACAUUAUUGUGCGUGAUGCGUGUUUCAUUUGUUCUGUAUAGGACUCUGUUUGAUGGUUGCUAUCUUUCAAGAAGAGCAAUGAGUCAUUCUGCAGCAAGCUCAGGUAAAAGGAGAAUAAGAGAUCUCUUAACUGAAUCUGAUAACCGAGUCUGCGCUGAUUGUGGCGCUCCAGAUCCUAAGUGGGCGUCAGCAAACAUCGGAGUGUUCAUAUGCUUAAAAUGUUGCGGUGUGCACAGAAGCCUUGGCACUCAUGUUUCAAAGGUCUUAUCUGUGACAUUGGACGAAUGGUCAGACGAGGAAGUCGAUUCAAUGAUUGAAAUUGGAGGAAACGCCUCUGCUAAUUCAAUCUACGAGGCGUUCAUACCUGAUGGUUCCUCUAAGCCUGGACCUGAUGCUAGUCAUGACCACCGUAUGAGGUUUAUCAGGUCAAAAUAUGAGUUCCAAGAGUUUCUGAAACCAAGCUUGCGUAUCACAUCAGGGAAGACCUCUAGUACAAAGAGCUCAUCAUAUCGUUCAUCAAGUCUUUCUUCAAAUAUCAUCGAUAGCUUUCGCACAACUUCAUCAUCCCAAAAGCCGCAACUUGAAGGCAUGGUUGAGUUUAUUGGAUCGUUGAAGGUGACUCUUAAAAAGGGUACCAACUUAGCCAUCCGAGACAUGAUGACAAGCGAUCCUUAUGUUGUGUUGACUCUAGGACAACAGACUGCACAAUCAACUGUAAUGAAAAGCAACUUAAACCCGGUUUGGAAUGAGGAACUCAUGCUCUCUGUUCCUCAUGACUAUGGCUCAGUGAAGCUGCAAAUGUUUGAUUAUGAUACAUUUUCUGCUGAUGACAUAAUGGGAGAAGCUGAGAUUGAUAUCCAACCACUGAUCACAUCUGCCAUGGCUUUUGGAGACCCUGAGAUGUUUGGAGAUAUGCAGAUUGGGAAAUGGCUGAAAUCGAACGACAAUGCCCUUAUAGAGGAUAGCAUCAUCAACAUUGCAGAUGGGAAAGUGAAGCAAGAGGUUCAGAUUAAGCUUCAGAACGUUGAAUCUGGUGAGUUAGAACUAGAACUGGAGUGGCUGCCUCUUGACCAAUGAUAAAAUAAACAGUUUUAUUAUAGGCUCAUUAAAUCUAUGUAUGGAGAUCAUUCUAAUUCUGGAAACUUCAAUCUUGGAAACCCUCUUUGGUGUUUUUUAAAAGAAAUUAUGAGAGCCAUUUGUAUAACUCAAAUAGGUUAUAUGUUUUACUAGCUCAAUAUUUUUUCUGUCAACUGAUAUAUUUUACUGUGAAAGGAAAAUACAGUUCUAUUCA